AUGGCGGCGGCGGCGGCGACGCUCCUGCGGGGCCUGGCGCUGGCCCUGGCCCUGGCGCUGGCGGCGGGCGCGGGCAUGGGCGCGUGCUACGACGGCUCGGGGCGCGCGCAGCGCUGCCUGCCCGAGUUCGAGAACGCGGCGUUCGGCCGGCGCGCCGAGGCCUCGCACACGUGCGGCGACCCGCCCGAGGACUUCUGCCCGCACGUGGGCGCGCCGGGCUCGGGGAUGCAGUGCCAGCGCUGCGACGCCGCCGACCCCCUGCGCCACCACAACGCCUCCUACCUCACCGACUUCCACAACCCCGACGACAGCACCUGGUGGCAGAGCCCGUCCAUGGCCUUCGGUGUGCAGUACCCCACCUCGGUCAACCUCACGCUGCGCCUGGGGAAGGCAUAUGAGAUCACCUACGUGCGGCUGAAGUUCCACACCAGCCGCCCCGAGAGCUUCGCCAUCUACAAGCGCAGCCGAGCCGACGGCCCCUGGGAGCCCUACCAGUACUACAGCGCCUCCUGCUGGAAGACCUACGGGCGGCCCGAGGGCCAGCACCUGCGGCCCGGCGAGGACGAGCGCGUGGCCUUCUGCACCUCCGAGUUCAGCGACAUCUCCCCUCUGAGUGGGGGCAAUGUUGCCUUCUCCACCCUAGAGGGUCGUCCCAGCGCCUACAACUUCGAGGAGAGCCCUGGGCUGCAGGAGUGGGUCACCAGCACGGAGAUCCUCGUCUCUCUUGACCGGCUCAACACGUUUGGAGAUGACAUCUUCCAGGACCCCAGGGUGCUGCGGUGCUACUACUAUGCGGUGUCUGACUUCUCUGUGGGCGGCAGGUGCAAAUGCAAUGGGCAUGCCAGCGAGUGCAUCCCCAACGAGACGGGCCAGCUGGCCUGCCGGUGCCAGCACAAUACCACGGGCACCGACUGCGAGCGCUGCCUGCCCUUCUUCCAGGACCGCCCGUGGGCCCGGGGCACGGCAGAAGCCGUCAACGAGUGUCUGCCCUGCAACUGUCACGGCCACGCCGAGGAGUGCACGUUCGACAGGGAGCUCUUCCGGGCCACCGGCCACGGUGGGCGUUGUCACCACUGCCGAGACCACACGGCCGGGCCUUUCUGCGAACGCUGCGAGGAGAACUAUUAUCGCUGGGAGCCGCGGACACCAUGCCAGCCCUGUGACUGCCACCCGGCAGGCUCCCUGCGCCUUCAGUGUGACAACUCGGGCACCUGCGCCUGUAAGCCCAUGGUGACGGGCUGGAAGUGUGACCGCUGCCUGCCUGGCUUCCACUCACUCAGCGAGGGGGGCUGCAGACCCUGCACCUGCAAUGUCGCUGGCAGCCUGGGCACUUGUGACCCCCGCAGUGGGCGCUGCCCCUGCAAAGAGAAUGUAGAAGGCCACCUGUGUGCUAGAUGUCGCCCCGGCACCUUUAACCUGCAGCCCCACAACCCAGCUGGCUGCAGCCCCUGCUUCUGCUAUGGCCAUUCCAAGGUGUGCAGGGCCGCCGGCGGCUUCCAGACGCACCACAUCCUCUCGGACUUCCACCAGGGGACUGGUGGCUGGCGGACCAGAGGCACAGGGGCCUCAGAACAUCCACCUCGAUGGAGCCCGAAUGGGGUCCUCCUGGGCCUGGAAAAUGGGGAGGAGCUCUCAGCACCAGAGCAGUUCCUAGGAGACCAGAGACUCAGCUAUGGGCAGCCCCUCACGCUGACCCUCCGCGUGCCCCCCGGAGGCGUCCUGCCCCACGUGCACCUGAGGUUGGAAGGGGUCGGCUUGGCCCUGACUCUGCAGCCCUCUAGUCCAUCCAUCUCCCAGGCUGUCAGGCCAUCAGGACAACUGCAGCUCCAGUUCCUUCUGCAGGAGACUUUUGAGGGUGUGGACCCCCCGCUGCCCACCUUCCACUUCCAGAGGCUGCUCACCAAUCUGACUGCUUUGUAUGUUGGGACCAGCACCCGAGGCCCGAGCCCUCCCGGCCAAGUGAUCCUGAGUGGUGUCCGGCUCACGUCAGCCCGGCCCCAGCAGGGCCUUUUCCCAUCAGCCUCCUGGGUAGAGAUGUGCUCAUGUCCCCAGGGAUACACAGGCCAGUUCUGUGAAUUCUGUGCUCCUGGAUAUAAAAGGGAGACCCCACAAGGGGGGCCCUAUGCCAACUGCAUCCCCUGUACCUGUAACGAGCAUGGCACCUGUGACCCCAAUACAGGGAUCUGCCUAUGUGGCCACCACACCGAGGGCCCAUCCUGCGAGCGCUGUGCGCCAGGUUUCUAUGGCAAUCCCUUUGUAGGCCUUGCUGAUGACUGCCAGCCCUGUCCGUGCCCUGGAAGGUCAGCCUGCACAACCAUCCCACAGAGUGGGGAAGUGGUGUGCACCCACUGUCCUCCUGGCCAGAGAGGGCGGCGCUGUGAGACCUGUGAAGAUGGCUUCUUUGGGGAUCCACUGGGGCUCUCUGGGGCACCCCAACCCUGUCGCCGGUGCCAGUGCAGUGGCAACGUGGACCCGAAUGCCGUGGGCAACUGCGACUCGCACUCUGGCCGCUGCCUGCGAUGCCUGCACCACACGACAGGCGCCCACUGUGAGCUCUGUCGCGAGGGAUUCUAUGGGAGCGCCCUGGCCUCGCGGCCUGAGGACAAAUGCACGCCCUGUAGCUGUGACCCCCAGGGUUCAGUGAAUGAGCCAACAUCCUGUGACUCCGCUACCGGCCAGUGCACCUGCCUGCCUCAUGUGACCGGGAGAGACUGUAGCCGCUGCAGUCCUGGCUUCUACGACCUCCAGCCUGGAAGGGGCUGUCAGAGCUGUAAAUGCCAUCCACUUGGCUCCCUGGAAGACCAAUGCCACCCCAAGAACGGGCAAUGCCCCUGCCGCCCUGGUGUCAUAGGCCGGGCCUGUGACAGGUGCCAGCUGGGUUUCUUUGGCUUCUCCGUCAAAGGCUGCCGGGCUUGCAGGUGCUCCCCACUGGGUGCUGUGUCGGCCCAAUGCCAUGAGAACAGCACAUGUGUGUGCCGGCCUGGCUUCGUGGGCUAUAAGUGUGACCGCUGCCGGGACAACUUCUUCCUCACGGCAGAUGGCACGGGCUGUGAGGAGUGUCCGUCCUGCUACUCCCUGGUGAAAGAGGAGGCUGCCAAGCUGAAGGCCAGAUUGACAGUGAUGGAGGGAUGGCUGCAGGGCUCUGACUGUGGCAGUCCCUGGGGGCCAGUAGACAUUCUCCAGGGAGAAGCCCCACGGGGGGACGCCUACCAGAGCCACCGCCUAUUGCAAGGGAGCAGAGAAGCCUUCCUAGGGCAGAUGAUGGGCCUCGAGAGUGCUGUGAACUCUGCCCGGGAGCAGCUGCAGGUGCUGAGCAGGAGUGCCAACUGCGCCCAGGCUGGAUCCCAGAAGACCUGCAUCCAGCUGGCUGAGUUGGGGGCGGUGCUGCGGUCCUCGGAGGAGGAGAUCCAGCAUGCAGCCAGGGCUCUGCCAUCUCUGGUGAUUCCUCAGGAAGGGUUUAACCUGCCCACCAACUGGAGCCAUCUGGCCACAGAGGCUCGCACCCUUGCCAGAAGCCACAGGGACACUGCUGCCAAGAUUGAAGCCACUGCACAGCGUGCCCUGCGUGCUUCCAAUAGCAGCCAGGCACUCCUGUGGGAUCUCCUGGAUGGAAGCGUGGCCCGGAAGACUCAGCAGGAACUGGAGGACAGGUACCAGGAGGUCCAGGAAGCCCAGGCAGCACUGGGCAUGGCUGUGGCAGAGGUGUUGCCCGGAGCUACAAAGGCACUGGCCACUGUGGGGCGAGCUGUCAGAGACAUGGCCCCACGCCUGGCCCUGCUGGUCACUCCUGGAUCGCUGCCUCAGAAGUCCCAAGCUAGGGACUUGGGCUCAAAAGUACAAACCCUGGAUCAGACUGUGGCACAGAGAGAGCGUGAAGUCACCAAGGCCACUGAAGCCCUGCAGGCCGCGGCCCGGGCAGCGCUGCAGAAGACGGAGCCCUUCACACAGCUGCGCCACGAGGCCACAUCGUCCCUGACCCGGGCUUCCUUGGCUGUCAAGGCUGCCACAGUGACCGUCGCAGGAGCCAAGACCCUGUUGGCUGACCUGGAGGGAAUAAAGCCCCGGUUUCCUCAGCCCAGGGAGCAGGCAGCACUGCAGAGAAGAGCAGGCGUCGUCAAGAACAGGCUACUUGUGGACACACAAAGGAAGACCAAGCAAGCAGAGAGGAUGCUGGGAAAUGCCGCAUCUCUCUCCUCGGGUGCCAAGAAGAAGAGCAGAGAAGCAGAGCUCUUGGCCAAGGACAAUGCUAAGCUUGCCAAGGCCUUGCUGAGGGAAGGGAAGCAGGGACACCGCCGUGCCAGCCGUCUGGCCAGCCAGACCCAUGGCACGCUCCGGCAGGCCUCCCAGCUGGUGCUGACCUCUGGAGCGCGCAGACGGGAGCUGGAGGAAGCUGAGCGGGUGGUUGCAGGGCUGAGCGCCAUGGAGCAACAGAUCCAGGAAUCGCGCAUCACUUUGGAGAAGGACAUCAAGGCCCUGUCAGAGCUGUUGGUCUGGCUGGGGUCACUGGACACCCACAGGGCCCCUUCCCAGGCCCUGAACGAGACCCAGCGGGCGCUGGAAGGUUUGAAGGUACAGCUGGGCUCUCAAGGGACCUUGCAGCAGAAACUGAGGCGGCUGGAACAGGAAUCGGAACAGCAGGAGCUGCAGAUCCAGAUCUUCGAGAGUGACCUCGCCGGGAUCCGCGCUGACAAGCAGAACUUGGAGGCCAUCCUGCGUAGCCUGCCUGAGCACUGCGCCAGCUGGCAGUGAGGGCCAGAGACCCUGGCUCACGCCCCCCUACCUGCUCUUGCCCCUAGGCGUGCACACAAACACGAACCCACCAGAGCUGGCUGCCGUAUGCCCCCUGUGAUUGCUCAUACUUCCUUCCCAAUACGUGCAGCCCCUCUUCCCUGUGAACAGAAGUGAGUAUACUCUCGCUCCAUUGGCAGCCCUGUACACAGACAGGCCAUAGUUGCACAUGCACCAACACACACGCAUCCUAACAGCAGUAACAUGCUUGCCUGUACGUGUACAAGUGUGAGUACAUGUGUGUGUGAGACAGAGAGCGAGAUGCACACAUGCAGUCAGCUUCCAGCUGUCAAGAGCCAGCCAUGGGCUUGGGCACUGUGUAUGCUAAGUCCUAUUAUGAAAACUUCCCUUCAGAGUAACACAUCUACCCACCCUCCACUGGUACGCGGAAGGUCGAGGGGGGACAUCCACAGAGAUCUCGGGUGGGCUCAGGAAGAACUGGGCCCCUAGUCUCAGAGCUGCUCCUGACCCGUUGUAUCUCAUCACACUGGUCACCUGGGAGCUCUAAUGCUCAAGGGACCAGGCAGACCAAGAAGUGCUAAGGGCCUAGGAGGGUUCUUAGUAGUGGCAUCUGAAGUCAUGGUAUACCCUGCUAGGCCCUCAGGGCAAGGUAGGGGUCUCAGGCUGUGGGUCUGCAGCAAUCUUACCUAAGGAAGAGCCUGCCCUGGCCUAGCCUCCUGUCAGCCUGCCAUCUACCUGAAGAGCCUGGCCCUCCACAGUCUGAAGGGGCCUGGGUUAUGGGUCACCAAACACGCCACUGGGAGUAGCCCCUUGUGCCCCCCCACACACACACCCCACUUCACCUGGUUAGCGCUUGAUUGACAGAUCCUCAGCUGGCCGUGUGGUCAUGAAGGCAGCCACAAGGGCGUGGAAGCAAAGCUGUCAUUCCAGUCCUCCCGCCUGGGGAAUCCCCCUGUGGCCAGGCCCCUGGCUGCCCCUGCCCAGGACUCCCUGGCAUUUCCUCUUGGCUCUCCUUCUUCUCUUUUCCGGGCCAUCUUCCAGCACCCAGCAGGGCCUUGGCACUGGGAUGACAGCUCCUUUGCAGGCCCUGUCACUCUCCUGGGUCCCAGGGGAACAGGCAGUAAUGUGGGCCAUUUCUGACCACGAAGAAAUAAAAGGACCCUUUUCUGAGCUA